CUGGGCUCCUCCCCGGACCCACCCAGAGAGGUUUAUCUUGUGACCGCGGCGGCAGUGCCUUGCUUCCUCGAACUUGGAACUUCGUUGUCCGCUAUGCGUCUCCUGGGUGCCGCGUUCCUGCUCCUGGCACUCAGUGCGGCCACCCAGGCCCAGCCGGUUCAGUUCAAGGACUGCGGUUCUAAAGAUGGAGUUAUCAAGAUAGUGAAUGUAAGCCCAUGUUCCACUCUGCCCUGCCAGCUGAUCAAAGGACAGUCUUACAGUGUUAAUGUCACCUUCACCAGCAAUAUUCAAUCCAAGAACAGCACCGCCUCUGUACAUGGCAUCUUAUUUGGCGUUCCAGUUCCUUUUCCCAUCCCUGAGCCUGAUGGCUGUAAGUGUGGCAUCAGCUGCCCCAUCCAGAAAGCGAAGACCUAUAGCUACCUGAAUAAACUACCAGUGAAGAGUGAAUACCCCUCUGUAAAACUGGUGGUGAAGUGGGAACUUAAGGAUGACCAAAACCAAAAUCUCUUCUGCUGGGAGAUCCCCAUAGAGAUCAAAGACUAGAGUUAUUUGAUGCCAAUAUGUCUGUCUGGGGGUGAGAGGGCACAGGGGAAGGAGGGGAGGACGAGGAGUAGAGAUUGGACCUGAACCAGUGCCAUACGAUGAAAGGAAUUUCAAGACUAUUUUAUGCCUCUCACCCUCCAAAAGCAUCUAACACUCCAUUUCCUGAGAGCUCAGAACUGCCGCCUUUGUUAUAUCCUUGGGGGAAAGGUUAAAGGGAAGAAGAGAGAGACCGAGGGGCUUGAUUUCAUUGUCUUUCCCCCCCAUUGGAAUAAGGAGAGCCCAGUGGAUAGGAUCUAAAGGAGGUUGUCUAGGGAUACCAAAGAGCUGAAGGGUUAUUGACACUCACAGUGGGAGAUGGGUUCCAAACCACUUCCAUCUGGCUGGGACCUUAGAUCUGCAGGCUCCUCAUCUCUGAGUAUCUCAGUGCAUCUUGCCAACGGGUCUGCUGACUCCCAGAGCACCUCCAGUGGUACCCAACAAUCCUGGAGAGAGGGGCUGUGCUACAGUAUAAAAUUCCGCUCUGGGUGGCUGGUUCUGUGGUUUGUCUCAUGUCUCUUUUUCUGUCUUAGGUGGUUUUCAUUAAAUGUAGCACUUGGUUAACAGCUGUUUGAUUUUUUUUUUUUUUUCCUUAACAGCAUUAACUUGUGGCCUCUUUCUGUACCUGGAAGUCUACCUUUGAAUAAAUACAAACUUGUCAGUUU